AUGAGUUCAUCAAUAAAUAAAGUAUUUGAUAAUGUUCCUGAUUGUGUUGGAUAUCUUAUUAUGAAUGAAGAUGGUUCAGUUGAACAUAGUCAUGGUGAUUUACAAAAUAAUGAACAAGCUGCAAAUCUUAUUUAUAAAAUGGUUUUAUGUGCAGCUAAAGUUAGCGUACAUCCAACAAGACAAUUAGCAUUUAAACGAUUUACAGGUUUAAUUAAAAAAAAAAAUUUUUUUUACAAGAGUAAUCAUGAAAUCAUUGAUGUCUGA